AAUGUACAAUUAAGAACGCCGUGGUCUCGGCGCCGGCCGGGUCGACAGCUCGCGAUCGUGUGGCUGGGGCUGGGGAAAGGGGGCCCCAGGCAGGUCGGGCGGCGAGCGAUGAGUCCCGGGCGCCUCCUCCACCUCCCGCGGGUCCCUCUCUCUGCCUCCGGCUCCCACGCCCGGAUGAUCUGAGCCGCGAGGGCUCCGAGAGCCCGGGGCCCAGCCCGGCUCCUCCCCUCCUUCACCCGGGCCCGGUCGCCGCCGCGGGACCCCGUGCCCGGCCGCCGUCGCCGUCGCCGCCGCCGCCCCCGCCCCCGCCCCGGUCGACCAAGGGACCCACCCGUCCGCGGCUGCUCCGGACCUAGAAGAUCAAGUCAUAAUGGGGGCCUUUUUAGACAAGCCAAAGAUGGAAAAGCAUAAUGCCCAGGGACAGGGGAAUGGGUUGCGGUAUGGCCUAAGCAGCAUGCAAGGGUGGCGAGUCGAAAUGGAGGAUGCGCAUACAGCUGUAACCCGUUUGCCAAGCGGACUUGAGACGUGGUCAUUCUUUGCUGUGUAUGAUGGGCAUGCUGGUUCUCAGGUUGCCAAAUACUGCUGUGAGCAUUUGUUAGAUCAUAUCACGAAUAAUAAGGAUUUUAAAGGCUCUGCAGGAGCACCUUCUGUGGAAAAUGUAAAGAAUGGAAUCAGAACAGGGUUUCUGGAGAUCGAUGAACACAUGAGAGUUAUGUCAGAGAAGAAACACGGUGCAGACAGAAGUGGGUCGACAGCUGUGGGGGUCUUAAUUUCUCCCCAACAUAUUUAUUUCAUUAACUGUGGAGACUCGAGAGGUUUACUCUGUAGGAACAAGAAAGUUCACUUCUUCACACAAGACCACAAACCAAGCAAUCCGCUGGAGAAAGAACGAAUUCAGAAUGCAGGGGGCUCUGUGAUGAUUCAGCGUGUGAACGGCGCUCUGGCUGUGUCAAGGGCCCUUGGAGAUUUCGAUUACAAAUGUGUCCAUGGAAAAGGUCCCACAGAGCAGCUCGUCUCACCGGAGCCAGAAGUCCAUGAUAUUGAAAGGUCUGAAGAGACUGAUCAGUUUAUUAUUCUUGCAUGUGAUGGUAUCUGGGACGUCAUGGGAAACGAAGAGCUCUGUGACUUUGUGAGAUCCAGACUUGAAGUCAGUGAUGACCUCAAGAAAGUGUGCAAUGAAGUAGUCGACACCUGUUUGUAUAAGGGAAGUCGAGACAACAUGAGUGUGAUUUUGAUCUGUUUUCCCAAGGCACCUAAAGUCACAGAGGAAGCGGUGAAGAAGGAGGCAGAGCUGGACAAAUUCCUGGAAGGCAGAGUAGAAGAAAUCAUAAAGAGGCAGGGGGAAGAUGUCCCUGACUUAGCCCAUGUGAUGCGAGUGUUAGCAAGUGAGAACAUCCCCAACCUCCCACCAGGGGGUGAAUUGGCAAGCAAGCGGAAUCUAAUUGAAGCUGUUUACAAUAGACUGAAUUCUUACAGAAGUGAUGACACUGAUUCUACAAUUGAUGAUAUGUAGUAAAGCUGCGCAUCUAGCCAUGGACUGGCCUUCACCUCCGAAGGAAAGUAGAGCUCAACCUUUUAACAUCUGUCACCAACUUUACGGAAGGGGUACAACAUAGGUGAAGGACUACACCAGAGAGCUUCAACAGUGGAACAGCUACCCCGAACGGAUUUUUUUUUUUUUUUAAAUUGUGUAUUUGAGACUUAUGUAGCCGUGAUUUCAAGCCGUAAUUCAUAUUUUAAAUCAGACUCCAGCAAUUUUUGUUGUAUGGUUUUGUUUCUUUGUAAAGUGUAAUUGUCCUUGUUCAAAGUGCUCAUAUUUAAUUAUGAACUGCUUUAACCUCACUAUCAAUGAUAAGGAGAUGUUUGGCUUGUGGUGUGACACAGCGGGUGUAGUCAGUCAGUCAUGCUGUGUUUGGACUUGGGGUUCGGAUAGGGAAAGCAGCAGCCACAUAGCUAGAUGCUCAUGUGCACAUGGCAGUGAAGACUUCCAAAAUCUUACAAAGCUCAACAUCCAGGGAAUUAUGGAAGACUGUCUGUGUUCUGGCAAGGGAUUGAUACAGCCAUUCCUUCUUACCUGUCUCUAGGAAAUUCUCUCCUUGCAGCCUAGAGCGCUGCAGGUGAGACCAUAUAUUCAUGAGAGUAUUAGUUUUGGACUAAGAUGCCUUGAUUCUUUGCACCUCUUUAUGAGUACAUUCAGUUACUAAUUGGUAAGCAGCAGCUUCCUACACAGUAGGAGACUGCCACAUUUUUUUUUCCUAUCAUGAUUGGCUGGGCCUGCUGCUGUUCCUAGUAAUAUAUUCUGAAUUCCAUGUUAUCAAUAAAGCUUGGUUUAAUAAACAAGAAAAAGAGUACAAUUACUAUUUA